AUGGCGACCACAGUGCAACCAUUGGGGGCGUUUGCGUCCAAACUCGAUAUAUCUCCGUCACCGUCGACGUUGGUCACGUUCGAGCCUUUUGAUCUGCCACCGACCAACCAGCGCAUCCUGGGGUCGCCUCAUCCCAAGGACACAGUCAUCCCGUUAGCAUUGAAACCCUCUGUUCGGGAUAGCAGUGAAAUCGACCUAGACAACAUCGUCAACACUAUAAAGUCCCUCCAAGCGCAAGGCGGCAUCUUGACCGAAGCGCUUGCCCGUCACGGAACGCUACUCUUCCGCGGGCUUCCCAUCCACGAUGCCCAAGAUUUCAGCAAGUUUGCUCAUGCUUUUGGAUACCACCCGCACGAGAUCAUUGGCAUCGUCGUCAAUAGGCCGGUGUUGGCCCCCAACGUGGCACCGGCGAAUGAGGCGCCCAAGGAUGUUCUGAUCUACAACCAUAACGAGUCUCCACAAGUCCCGCAUGCCCCCGAAUAUAUCUUCUUUUAUGGUCACCGGGUUCCUGAAAAGGGCGGUGAAACUCCCAUCUCGUCAUCUUUGGAACUAUUCUACCGAGCGCAGCAGGAGAUCCCUGAGUUUGUCUCUGAGCUUGCGGAGAAAGGAAUCCUCAGCAAGGUCACUUACAAGGUCGAAAAGCAAUACGAGGGUGGUUCAACUCUCAAGCAAGCGUUUGGCAAAGAAAUCCAGGAUGGGGAUGACGAGGCCACCAGACGAGCCAAAAUCGAGGCUCAAAUCGCCCGAUAUGGUCGCGGCAAGCAUACGACGUGGGAAUGGGCAGAGGACGGUAGCAUCGUCUUGACGCACCGAUUGCCAGCCAUACGGACCCAACCAGAGACGAACCUCCCGACUCUCUUCACUGGUCUGGCAGCAUACUACAAGAACAACCAGCACAACGCCAAUAAGGGGAGGAAGAACUCCGCUCAACAGCUUUUUGGCGACGGGACCCCUAUCCCUGACAAGUACCUGGCACACCUGGCCAAAAUAACGGACGAGAUCCGCGUCCUGCAUAAAUGGGAGCGCGGCGACGUCCUCGUCUAUGACAAUAUCAUUGCUCAGCAUGGCCGACAGCCCUGGGAGGGCGAGCAAGAGGAUCGUGUCGUUAUGGCCAGCCUGUUCGACGGCCAUAGAGUGCCUGGUGCCUAUGGUGAGAAAGACUGGGCCCAGGUUGUGCAGGCACUUGACGGGUGA